AUGACCCGGUCCAAGGUCUCGCCCGAUGGCCGCAUCCCCGACCGUGAUGUUGCCGCGAAGCUGGUCAUCAUCAUGGUCGGCUUGCCUGCACGAGGUAAAUCGUACAUUACAAAGAAGAUUCAGCGAUACCUUUCAUGGCAGCAGCACAACACGCGCAUUUUCAACGUUGGAAAUCGGAGACGCAUUGCCGCCGGAGUUAUGCCUCCAUCUUCUUCCUCGCCCAGAGGCAGGUCGCUGCCUACCUCCCAGCACCGCCAGUCGCUCCUCAACCCUAACGGACAGGCGGAUGGCCCCGUUCAGGAGGCUGCGUCGAUUUUGUUAAAUGGCACUCAUGCUGUUCAAAUCGAGGAGCCCACGACGUUCGAUCUCAACGGCUCUACCGAAACUGCAGGCACUCAAGGCGACCAGCAAAACCACAUGGACCAGUCCGCCAAGUUCUUUGAUCCGAAAAACGAGACUGCAUCCAAGAUUCGGGAACAGGUCGCUCUGGAGACUCUCGACGAGCUCAUUGACUAUCUGCUCAACGGAAACGGAUCUGUUGGUGUCUUGGAUGCCACAAAUAGCACCAUUCAUCGGCGGACGCUUUUGGUUGAUCGCAUCAAACAGCGGGAGCCUAAACUGAACAUUCUGUUUAUUGAGAGCAUCUGCAACGACGAAAAUUUGUUGGAGGCAAAUAUGCGUCUCAAGCUCUCGGGCCCUGACUACAAGAACAAGGACCCUGUGCAGUCUCUCGAAGACUUCAAGGCCCGUGUCAAGGCCUACGAGAGUGCAUACGAGCCAGUCGGUGAAUACGAGGAAAAGCACGACUGGCAAUACAUUCAGAGCCUGGAUAAUGUCGCAGGCAAGCUCGGUGGUAACUCGGAUCUCACCGAACGAGGCCAUUAUUACGGGAUGGCGCUGUACAACUUUAUCACGGCAAAACGGAAAGAAUGGGUCGUGGAACAGGAAACUAAAAUUGCCCGCGCCUCUUUCCCACCGCAGCCUGGAGAUCACACGCCCCCAUAUCCCGAGUUCAAUCAAGACCUUGAGGAAAAGAACUUUUGCGUCUGGACGUCAAUGCUGAAGCGCAGCGGAGAAACGGCCGAGUACUUUGAGGCCGACGACGAUUAUGAUGUCAAGGCGUGGGAGAUGCUCAACGAACUGAAUGCUGGCACGUUCGAGGGCAUGACAUAUGAAGAGAUUGCGACAAAGCACCCGGACGAGUACGAAAAGCGUCAGCACGACAAGCUGCAAUACAUCUACCCAGGUGUCGGUGGCGAAGGGUAUUUACAAGUCAUCAACCGGCUGCGCGAUAUGGUUCGGGAGGUCGAACGUGUCUCAGACCACGUUUUGAUUAUCAGCCACCGCUCUGUGUGCCGCGUCUUGAUGGCCUAUUUCAUGGAUCUUACGCGCGAGGACAUCGCGGACCUUGAUGUCCCUCUGGGGAUGCUUUUCGCCAUUCACCCAAAGCCAUAUGGUAUUGAGUUCCACGCGUAUCGUUACAACGAGCCCCAGGGCUGGUUUGAUGAGGUCCGGGACUACAAGCCACAGAAAACGCUUGACCGAAACAACUGA